AUGGGCCUUACUGGUUGCCGGGCACCUGGAAAGCGACAAAUCAAACCGACGGCAGCUGUGCUCGAUUUGGUCCUGCCCAAUGCUGACGAUGAAGAAGAUGACGAAGAUUUCAUAGCAGAGCAGGAUCCUGAUUCCACUGAGGGCUCCGAAUCUGGUGAAAGCGGAUCGGCCGACGAUUCCGCUAGCUCCACAGAUAGUGAGGAAGGAGAUGAAGACGAUGAGCAGGAACGCCAUCAAGAAUUACACGAUGAGGAUGCUGCUUUGGUCUCAUCGUCUGCGGAUAGGAACGUGAACCAUCCACCGAUCUGUGCCCUAUGUUUGAAUCUUUCUGAAAUUGCCAAAACUGAAGAAGUUAUGCGAUGCGAUAAAUGUGGCCUGACUGUCCACGACUCGUGCUAUCCCUCGUUAGACAUGAGUGGUGACAGUGAGAGCUCGCAAUCUUCUUCAUCAAUGGAGCCAUGGUUCUGUGAACCGUGUGUGUAUGGAUUCAAUGAACCGCCUUAUUGUGAACUGUGCCCCUCCAGAUACGGAGCGAUGAAGAGAUCGGAUGUUGGUGGUCGUUGGGUUCACCUUCUUUGCGCUCUCUAUACGCAUGGUGUCACUUUCGGGGACAUCGAUCAUCUCGGCGCAAUCAGCUGGCAGGAGAUGGAUCACCGAAAUUUUGGGCGUAAAGUUGGUUGUUAG